CGCACUGGUGCCUGCCGGGUCUGAUGCGAGGUGUGGUGGCCGCUGUCCUUCCCCGAGGCGGAGCACGACCAAUCCCCGGAGUUCGGGGAGAUGGCUCGGGGCGCCCGCGAGAAGCGGGAGGCGCGUAUGUAUGCGGCCCACGCAAUCAACCGACGUCACAGGGGAAGGGAGCCUGUUUCCACCGAGCACGUGCUCUCGUGGCUGGCGUGUGCUUUGGCUGGCCAACGGAGCCAGGCCGACGCCUCUCUGACAUGCAGCAGCGCGCGACGGCCACCACCUAGCACGUAUUAUCGUCAAACUGGCUUCAGCGACCACAAGCACAGCUGCGGCACGCAACUGCCCCUGGCGAUGGUCAUGCAAACUCCCUGAACACCAAAAGAUGGAGCGCGUCCGAGAGAGAAACAUAUAGAGCGAGUGGAAAAACUCAGGGUCAAGACGAUGAGACUAGAAGUGGGAGCUCCCUCGCAAAGGCCCUGUUGCACGUGAGGUGUGCGCCCAGUGACAGACACUGCGCCUGCGGCGAAAGCGCCAGAAACAGCACUUUGGGCACAGCGGGCAGCGAGAAAACACAGCCUGCAAGAGACGCCCUGGACCCCUGUGGCGCUCUGGCAAGCUCUCCUACGCAUAGAAGACGUGUCAAAACUGCGAAAACGCCAAAAGUUUAAUGAGCAGGCCAGGCCCAACGUCGUGCACACACGGCGCGGAAGACUGCCACAAACGGAGACUGCAACCAGCGCCGCUCAUGCUCAAUCCAUUGGCAGUGGGAACUUUCGCCCGCCGCCCAUCGGAGAGCACACCCAGCCGCCCCUCGCGGCCAGAGCAAGCCCGCUCUUGCUCGGAGCCCGAAUUUCUGUAGGACGCACGCCCGACCUUGUCGUCAGCUGACGGGCCAGCAAGAGACGGCGGGGAGAGGACGGGAAGAAGGGGAGGAGGAGGAGGAGGAGGAGGAGGAGGAGGAGGAGGAGGCUGUCGCCCACAUCUUCCGCACGGAUUUCGCGCUGCGGGUCGCUCCUCUGCGCCCGAGGAGGCCCGGCAGCGAGCCGCCGGAGGGGCGAGGCGGCGCGGACCUGCCGUGGGCGGAGGAAGAGGGCCGCGGGAGUCCAUCGCGCACCGCCUCGGUCGCAGCCCUUUGGCGCAGGCCUUAGUUUCAGCCGUCAAUCAUCGGGCACAAACUUCGGACGAACUCGCGCCAAGCGACAUUGAUGCCCCGCGUGCGCUGAGGGCACUGCGAGCUUGGGCUGUAGGCUCAGCGCUGCGGUUCCCUAGCCUGUAUCACUGAGCAUGUGGUUACCCACAUGCCUAAUUACGGAUCGCCGCCAGACGCUGCGCACGGCGAACGUCACCAUGCAGAUCGACUCAUGACUGCGGCAGGCGAGGAGAGGUCAAUCUAGUUGAACGUUGACGUGAACAUGGGCGUAUGUACAUGAAUUAAUGAUAUAUGACCUGCAGUGGGAGCUGCGGGAGGUGUACUGCUGCUGUAACAUCCACGGCUCCGGCGCGUAUGUGGUUCGUGCUUUCAUCCUCCACCAAGGCAAAAGUGGGUACAUCGCGCUGCCGCCAGUGACAAAGGCCGACGACCUGCGCCUGGCGCAGCCCUUCUCGGCAGCUCUGUUCAAGCAUCUGCCACAGCCUUGGCCGACGCUCCUGCGAGAUGUGCUGCAACGGCAAGAACACGACGCCUGGCAUGCCGCUGACGGCAGCGGCCAGGAUGUCUGCCUCCGCGAAGAUGUCAGACCACCCGCCCUCGCAGUGAGGCCCGGCCAAAACAGCGUCGGGAAUGCCCGUCGAAUUGGUGUGCAAGCAUAGUUUUCCUUCCAGCCCCCGACGGUAGGGAGAGGAGAGAGGUUUGGAAGGGAACAACGCAGAGGGAGCAGAGGGAGUCGAGGAGCAGCGACGACCCUGCACAACAGUCCCCGUCGUGCGGUCGCACACCUCUCAGCUGACGACGCGGGACUUCUGCCCAGCAUCGUCGGCGGCAAACUGCGCAGGAGGGGGCGAUUUCAUGACAGAGCUGCCCGGGACGGACGAGCGAGCGGGGGCAUCGCAAGUGGGGGGGGGUCCAAAUCAGCUCGCGUAGCUGGUUCUUCCCUGGCGCCUCCAGGCGGCCACGCGUCCAGGAGAGCACCCGGCGGCGGGGCCGCCACAGCGGCACGCAGCAGACACCGCGGCCCUCCCCGUCCACGUCGCCCCCCCCC